AUGGCAACUUUAGUCCACCCCGUGAACAGAAAAAGGCCAAGGAGAAAGCAUUGUUAUAAGAUGUGGGAAACAUUGUUUGAUAUUCAUACAAAGUACCGUCCAAUCAAGCCUAUUGGCCGAGGAACAUAUGGCGUGGUGUGCUCAUCCAUCAAUAUGGAUACCAACGAGAAAGUGGCAAUCAAGAAGAUUAGCAACGUAUUUGAUGAUUGUGGUGAUGCACUCAGAACUUUAAGGGAGAUGAAGUUGCUUCGACAUGUUCGGCAUGAGAAUGUGAUUUCUCUGAAAGAUGUUAUGAUACCAGACCAAAGAACAAGUUUUAAGGAUGUCUACUUGGUCUAUGAACUCAUGGAUAAAGACCUUCAUCGUAUUAUCAAGUCCUCUAAGCCACUUUCCAAUAAUCAUUGCAAACUCUUCUUAGUUCAGUUACUUCAAGGUCUUAAUUAUCUCCAUUCUGCAAAUAUUCUUCACCGGGACCUGAAGCCUGAGAAUCUGCUCGUCAACGCAAAUUGUGAUUUGAAGAUAUGUGAUUUAGGGCUUGCUCGGGAAAAUCAAGUUGAUGGUGAGAUUAUGACAGAGUAUGUUGUCACGCGUUGGUAUCGAGCUCCGGAGCUUCUAUUAGGUUGUGGCAAUUACGGAACCUCCAUCGAUGUGUGGUCCGUAGGAUGCCUUUUUGCUGAGAUGCUUGGUAGAAAGCCAAUUUUCCCCGGAAAGGACUCAUUGCACCAAAUGAAACUAAUUAUAAGUGUUCUUGGAAGCCAAAAGUCUGAUCUUGAUUUAAUAGUUAAUCCAAAAACCAAGGCAUUUAUCAAAUCACUUCCCUAUACACAGGGUACACACUUCUCUCAGCUAUACCCACAAGCAGAUCCAUUAGCCAUGGAUCUAUUACAAAAAAUGCUUGUGUUUGAUCCAACUAAAAGAAUUUCUGCAUCAGAAGCACUCCAACAUCCAUAUAUGGCUGAUCUAUGUGAUGAUCAAUGGCGUAACCCUCAUCCUCAAGUUCCAGUCAAUCUUAACAUUGAUGAAGAUUGGGAUAACAAGAUAAUUAGGGAAAUGAUGUGGAAUGAGAUGCUUCAUUACCAUCAUGAAGCUGCUUUUGUCAAUGCAUAG